AUGAGUGCAUGGAGAAAGAGGGAGUACGGAGAUCAAUCAACGGCGGGCGGAGGUGGGCGGAGAUUUCACCAUGCGCCGGUCGCCGCCGGCGGAGGUGGGCGGAGAUCAGCGCCAUCGCGGAGAGUGGGCCUAGUAGAGAAAUUGCCCCGAAUCCGGCUGCUCGCCGAGUCCACGCUGGCGCACUACGACCGGCUGUUCGAGGCCAAGUCGGCGGCGGCGAGGCGCGACGUCUUCUUCGUCAUGUCCGGCGCCUGGAGGUCCCCCGCGGAGCGUUUCUUCCUCUGGAUCUCCGGCUUCCGCCCCUCCGACCUCCUCGCCGUCCUCUCCCCGCAGCUCGAGACAGAGGAGCCGCUGGCACCGCUGGCGCUAACGGAGGCGCAUGCGGAGGAGGUGCGGCGUACGUCGAGGCAGGCGGAGGGCGAGCUCUCGCAACGGAGGCUGGACGAGUUGGCGCCGCUCGCGGAUCUCUCUGAUCAGGGGAAUACUCCAUGGGGCUGCUCGCCGGAGACAAAGAAGAGAAAUGGAGAAGAGAGGGCUUCGGUGGAGAGGGGGAGAAUGGACAGGGGUACGGCUCGGCGCUACAUCAGCACGGUCAACCUAGCCGGUGGGCCUGGUCGGUCAGAAACGUGCUUAUACGUCGCAAUCGACAGAAUCAGCGUGCAACAAGUUCACUGA